AUGUACUCCAAUAGAUUUUUGCGUACAGGUCGGCUCAAAUGGCAUGUGGGUUCAUAUCCUGCUCAGCUCCGGCGACCACCUGCCCGCAGUUCAAGGCUGCAUACGCGGGCUGCAUCGGCAGAGGCUAAAGUUUCUCCACACGAGACUGAACAACGGCUGAAUCGUAUCCUGUUGGAGGGGAAGGGAUUCCUAGCAGAGAUAAAGUCCCCAUUGGAACACAUGCAAAGAAGUGGGCUGCUCGAUGUUCAGGGUGAAAACAUUUUGAAGCGAGUACAGGCUGCUGAACGGGCCGACUUUUCGGCAACCGCAGUGCUGGCUUUUGUAGGCGAUAGUGGUGUGGGGAAAUCAAAACUGCUGACUGCUGUCUUGGGUGAGCCCAAUAUUCUCCCAACUGUAAGGCCGCCGCUCUUUUCACGCAGAGAAGUAAACAAGCUAACAGGUCAGUCUGGCCUUCAUGCUUGUACCUCAUUUCCAAUUGAAAUCCGCCAAAUAGAAGGGGGUAAGAAAGGCUACCGUGUUGAAACAGAGUUUCUACAGCAGAGUGAAUUGGAAUCCGAGAUGCGUGCUGUUAUUCAUGAUGUGGACGGAGCAGACUCAAAUGUGUCUCCUAAUAAACCUUCCACCACGGACGCCCAAAAGAUUGCGUUCGCCAAACUCAAGGCUCUCUUCCCUGGUAUAUCUAAUUUUGCAGAUAUCCCGCAAAGAGUUGACGAGCUAUAUAAAUCACACCAAAAUCUGGAGUUCGGGACCUAUAAUCUUGAGACGAAUUCUCGGGUUGAAGUAGUUGAAUACAUGCGGUCUUUGGUGCCAGUUACAACUAGGGAGGAGGAGGAGACGACUUUAUGGCCACUUGUUAAAGUCGUCAAGCUCUAUCUUGAUUCCGAGGCCCUUAAAACCGGUGCGAUACUUGUAGACCUACCCGGGCUUCGGGAUUCCAAUGCCGCGCGGACAGCAGUUACCCGGCAGUACAUGACCCAAGCAAAUGAGAUAGUUGUUGUUACUAGGCUCACGAGAGCUGUGACCGACGAAACGACUGGGGAGUUAUCUAGAGAGGGUUACAUAAAACGGUUAAAGCAUGAUGGAAGAAGGCAUUUAACCAUUGUCUGCACCUGCAGUGAUCAUUUUGAACCUAGUGAUGCAGCUGAGGACUUCAAAGACGACAAGGAGUUUUGUAAAAAAUACCAUUCGUUGAAUAACGAAAUCGAGGCUCGGUAUUUGAGCCUAGACUCAGAGAGGCAGAAGCGUCAAAACGUCGUCAAAGAGGAGAUAUUAGCCCUUGAAACAAGUCUCCAAAAUUUAUGCAUUGAGGCGCGAGACAAAUAUGCCGUUGAGUCGAUAUCUAAAACUUACUCCAAACUUCUGAGCGAGGAUACUUCAAUAAGGUGUUUUGUGACAUCUUCCAAGCACUACCUUGGGCAUUUCUCGCCGCGCAAGAGGCUUGGGAUCAUGAACAUCGACCAAACGCAGAUACCAAUGCUGCGGGACUACUGUGCUUCAGCGCCGUUAGAACAAAAGUCGGCUUUGGCAGCGCAAUUUGUACAAAGUAUCUGGGAUAUACAGGCUCUGGCGAGGCUAUUUGCAAGCAAUGAUGGUACAGGUAUGAGCGAAACGGGAAGGCGGAAAGCAAAGACCGAAAUGAAUAAAGCUUUUAUGGCGUUAUCGGAUAGCCUUAAUAAUGAAUCGCUUGUCUUUGCAACGAAUAUCCGGAAUCAGGUGCAACUUUUCCUGGACAGUCUUUCCCCUGUCAUAGUAAAAGGAGAGAAACAUUCUUUACAGUUGCAUGAAACUUUGGUCAAGCAAAACAGAUUUCAAGCUGUUAAAUCCGCGUAUCUACACCAUGGAGAGUCAUCUACUGGAAAGCUGAAGAAUCUCAAUGAACAAUUCAUUUCCCCGUUGGGCGCCGAGGUUGACAUUCUAUGGGAAGCAUUUAUAACGAAGACCGAAGACCACCUGAAAGCUUGGAAUUUGCAGGUUCUGCAGCUCCUAGAAGAGUUUGAAGUGGUGUGGCAGAGCUGCAUCGACGUAAACUUUGAGAGUAGUCCGAAGGGUCGGGCGGCAUCGAUUAAAUUGCUUGAAGAGUUCUUGACACCACGAAUUGAACGUGCUCAGGCUGUAGCGAUGAAGUUUUGCAGCCAGCUGAUUGAUGACCAAAGACCUGUGCGCCGACUUUUUUUACUCCCGGAUCACUUGACGGAUCUCCUGCGUCCUGGAUACGAAAAAGCCAUUGCAGAGGGGAAAGGUUCUGGCGCUUUGGAGAGAAUGACAAAGGUUUUUGACGACUACAUUCGAACAGCACGUGUUUUCGACAUUCUUGCCAACGACAUAAAAAAGGAGGUUGAAGCUAUUCAAGGCCGGUUUGAAAAAAUGUGUAAGAAUUGGGUUCGGACAAGCGUAGAAGAUACUCAGAUCGGUAUAGACGGUUGGCUGAAGGAGAACGAGGAUAUUGGCCGAGAGGAGGCAGAGCAUAAAGCGGAUAUUAUUCGAACAGUCGACAAGUUCAAAAAACCUCUGAUGAUGCUCGUGGAGGAAAACCAUUCUUUCCAAAGAAAGAAGGCGAGCAUUUAA